AUGCCCGGCCGGAGCGCUGCCGCCGCCGCCCGCCGCGAAGAUGACCGACGGCGUCGUCCUCAUAAGCGACCAGGACUCGGAGGGCAGCCGCUCUCCGCCGCUCCGGCGCCGCGCUCGCCGCCCAUCGCGGCCCGCGCUGCCAUCCCCCGCGGAGAUCAUCGAUCUGACCUGCGAGGACAUGAGCACAGACCCGGCACCAUGGACAAGCCUCACCAUCAUUGACCUGACAGAGGACACCUGCAGCCCUCCCCACAGCACCAGACAGACUGACCAGGACCCUGGGCAGGCACCUGCUUCCCCAGCAGCACACACGUUCCACCCCUGGCUCUUCUCCACCCUGAAGCAAGAAACAGAGGCAGGGUCGAGCCCUGCAGCGCCCGGUCCCAGCACUCCCAUGGAGCCCAGUGCCACCACAGACACAGCAGAAAGCACAAACUGUGGCUGCAUCUCUCCCACCCCCAGCUGCUGCAGCUCCUCCAGCAGCCCAGAGCAGAACUGCAGCACUACCACUUUUAACAGUGACUUGGGCUCCCUGGCCAGCUUGCAGCUGGACUCGGACCUGCUGUCCUUGUCCCCCUCCAGCCUGGACAGCAGCAGUAGCUGGAGAGCCAGUGGCCAAGAGGAAGAGGCUCCCCACCUCUGCCAGCAAAGGGAGCUUCCCCCAAGGCUGAGCCCUGUCCCAGCCAUCUCCACAACCCCAGGGAAGGCCCAAGGGCCUUUGCUGGAAGCAAGUGAUUUACAGCCACACAAAGCGAUCCCACAAAUUACCCCAGCCAGGACCAAGGCUGAAAACAAGGUCUGGCUGAACAAACUGCAUUAUUUCAGGAGGAGCGGCGUCCAGCACCUCUUCCUCCAAGGCGUAACACCCACCAGGGAAACACAGCAGCAGAAACCUGAGCUCAUGCCCAGUGGGAAGCUGAGCAUGGUUCACAACACCAUGGAGGAGAACUUCGUGGAGGCCACCUUGCAUUUCCUGAACGAGUUCAUCUCCUACCAGCACUGUCCCCCAAAAGAAAUCAUCUCCUACUUGAUCAGACAGAUCCUGUUGAACAACCACAGAGAAGAGAUCCUGAAGGACACCUACAUGCUGCUGAUGAAGAUCCAAAUGCUCCAUCCAGCCAACGCCACCACAGUGGGAUGGGACUGGACGCUGCUGAAGUACAUCAUGGAGGACAAGGAGAAGCCCCAUGGCCAGCUCCUCUUCCUGCAGUACGUGGUGCAGACCCUGGAGGACGACUUCCAGCAGAACCUGAGGUUGCGCCUGCUGCAGAAGUCGAUUGCCAAGAGAGUGCUUUCAUGUGACAUGUGCUUCAACAAUGUCAAGGAGGUGGUUGAAUGGUUGGUCGCAACAGUCACAGGAGUCUAUUUGUCACAGCCCCAGGAACAACCACAAGAAACUACAUCUUCAGCAGAAGCAAGGGCCGAACACAGCUCAUCUACACCACGGUUGGCCAGCACUGACCAGGCAGAGGUGGUUCCACCAGCUUUCUUCACACAGAAGGUGACCCUCCUGCUCCAGCGGAUGUUGUCCAUCGCAGUGGAAGUGGACAAAUCUCCCAACUGCAGCUCCUGUAAGAUCGCAGAUGUGAUAUUCCCAUUUAUACUGAAUAUUCCCCUGAGGAGCCAAAGAUCUGGCUGGCCACAUCUCACUUGCUUGGCUGUGCUCCCUGCAAGUCAGCAGGAAUGGGCAACUACUGCACAGGCUGCUGAGCAGGGUGAAAUGAAGCGGCUAAGCUGCCUGACAGACCAUGCCAACCUGCAGUGGCCACACGUCAGACCUAAGGACAUAAACAUAAGGCAUAGCAAAGGUCUCUAUCACAUCUGAUGCUUUUCCUUCCACUGCACUGCUGCACAGCCCCUCAAAUCAUCCCACAUCUGCACUGGGUCAGCACCAGCGUGACACCAUGCUGGAGCAGUUGUCCCUGGUCAGGCUGUUCCGCCUCCCCUAAAGUGAAUCCCUUUUGUCUUCCAGGGAAGCUUUCCUAAAUACCAUGGGGAGCCAACUCCUGCGUUGCAAACUGCUAGAGCUGUUGUUCCAACAUAGCUGUGAUGUGCCUACAGCCUUGCCUUUGUCUCUGGCCAAGAUCCUUUAUUUCCUUAGCCAUUCCUC